ACAAAGUGCUGUCAAAAUUUUGUCAAGUUUAAGAAAAUGGAUUGUACUAGUACAUAUUGAUCAAGUAUAAAAUAAAAUCUUGAAUGGGAUAGGGUCACACCUUGUAUAAAAUAGUGAGAUUGACAUUCAUGGUCUAUCUUUUUGAUAGAGAUCAUAACUUAUGGAUCAAAGUUGGUUAUUGGAUCGAAGUUGGAUACGAGCGCCACGCAUAAGUGAGCAAUAUGAGACUGGAGUGAAAUAUUUUAUUGAAUAUGUAAUACGGAAUGUUGAUGAUGAUAUGAAUGGAAAGUUUUUCUGCCCUUGUGUUAAUUGUUGUAAUGGGAGUCGUUUAGAACUUGAUGUUAUAAGGGAACAUCUUCUAUGUGAUGGGUUUCUUAAGAAUUAUACACAUUGGAUAUGGCAUGGUGAACCAGUUGGUGGAGCUAAAGGUCUCUCAAGUUAUAGCAACUUAUGAGCAAAAAUUUAGUCAGAUGCAAGAGGAGAUUCAUAAGCGACUACAAAAGGACAUGCAAAGGAAACUACAAGAGCAUAUGCAAUCACUGAGCCAACAAUUUCAACAAAGUGCUCCACUAUUAGAACCAUUUAUUGCACGUGUGAGUACAAAGGGAUCAUGUGCAUCUAUUGAUCCCCCUUUUACUGCCACUAGCCCAGGUACAUCUAAUAAAUGUGAGUUGUUUGUGGAUGGAUCACUCGAUCCUGUGGGUAUAGGGCAGAUUCACAUAUUAGGGUCCACUGUACACCAUCAAGUCAUGGGAGAUGAUAUGGUUAGGGUCUCAGUGUUGGAUGUGAGACAACCAGAGGCUAGAGUUCCUGUGCCCACAGAGGAGGUUCAGACAAUGGGACAAGCCUUGAGCACCUUCCUUCAGUGGCCUCAUAAGUUAGUAAAGGUGAUAUCUACGAAGGAUAUUGUUACCUCACCAAAGGGUAAAGGGACGAUCAUUGUUACCCCUUCUAGAAAUCUUCCUCCAAUAAAGAGGCUAUGGAGAUUAGUUGCAGAUAUGGAGGAUGACGAGCAACCCAAACAACUCCCUUGGCCUCUUGAAGUGUUUAACAUGUCUAGUAAAGUACCUCUAUAUAUAAGUCGGAGUGAUAUAUCAGAGAUUACAAAUGGUCAUUCUAUGCUAAACAUAUCAAUUUUGCAGUUAUGGUUGAUGUAA